AUGUCGCCAGUCGCUUAUCCCAGCAGCUCUGAAGUUGAAGUCAGCAAGUUGACAGUCUCAACUAUGGAACAACCAGAAUAUCGGGUGCACAAGCAUCAUCGUCGGGUGUCCUCGACAGGCGGAGGCAGAGCAUGGACUGAAGAAGAGGAAGCUUAUCUAGUCCGAACUCGAAUGCACAAGAUGCCGUAUAAGCAUAUUGCCGCGCACUUGAAGAAAACAGAGUUGGCAUGUCGUUUGCAUUAUCACCAAAUGUCAUACGGAAACAACGGCCGCCGACGCAGUGAAUCUGUCUCGUCGAUUGCAUCAUUCAACUCAAUCUCUGCUGGCGGUGAGCGGUCUGAUAAUACUCAUCAUACUCGAUUAUCUCCAGUCUUGUCUCCUCGCUCUAGCCCAGAACCCUCACAGAGAGCUUCAUCGGAUGACGCUUCACCACAAACCCAUCGUGCGCCGGUUCCCAUUCUCCCCAAGCCAGACAGGCACAGCACGCCGACUACCUUAGAGCCAUCGGUGAACCGCAGCUACGAUAGCUACCGCAAGGAGGACCACCAGAGCUACAUUGACAUGUCUCGCCUACAUGCCAUCUAUGAAGCAUACUCGACCUCGUUUUGGUCAAAGAUUGCUGCCGAGUUUUCUCGCGAUAGCCGUGAAAUCAAUCCCAAGUGGGCGGAGAAAGCGAUCCUGAGCAGCUUCUCUCACGGCCAAGCUCGCGGACAUCUACCUCCCACGCCCAACGGCAGUCCAGCAGCAUCACCAGAGCCACAGCAACACGACUUCACAUCGAAUACAUUGCCGGCUAUUAGUCAAGGUUUUCGAGCUGUCAACGAAACCAAGCCUGAACCCAUCCGCCGAAGCUCAGCAGACCGGUGUUCCGUUUCUGCCUUGUUGACUGUGGAAAGAGAAGUGAGGCCAUCGCAUCAAUAG